GUUCACGGAGUUUUCUGUUGCCACAACCCCUUCAAAAAACAUUUUUAAAGAAAACCCCAUACAGAAAAAGAAUACAAGAGGGAAAUGGAGCUAGCAUCAAAAUCAAUGAUUUCAAAUUCCAAAUUCUCCAUACUAAAUCCAAGAAUCCCAAGUAGUAGAACCCAGAUUGCUUCUUCGGUAAAAUUUCCCACUACCCUAAUCAAGAAAAACACAGAGGCUAGCUCUGGAGCCACAAUGCCAACCAUGUCUGAGAUAUUGGCCUCAUCAAGAGCCCAAAACCUUGACCUUCAGCUCCAAACUCUAGGACCCUUUUUCAGAAUCACAGCCAAGAGCUUGGAGACACAGAAGGAGCUUGGCAAGGCUGAGGGACUGAUAAGGUUCUGGCUUAGUGGGAAAAUCCUUCACUUGGAGUCAAUCAGAUUACAGAGAGAGACACUGGGGAUGGAGAAGUCAAUCUUUGGCAUUGGCUUGUUCAUUGGAGCUGUUGCCAUUCGAUACGGCUACGAUUGUGGUUGCAGAACAGCUGAGUUGCUUGCCAUCAAUGACUCUGACAUUUUCCACCACAAGCUUGUCAGGUUCUAUUCAAGAAUCGGAUUCAAGGCUGUGCAUGAAGUAACUGGUUCGACGAUUGGAGACUAUGCCCACAUGUUGGUCUGGGGAGGAAUUGGGACCCGAAUGGAUGCCAGUGUUGAAGAACUACUGAUCAAAUGGUGCACCAGGUUCAAAUCUGGAAAGUGAUUCGACCACAAUCGAUUGUUUGAGUUAUUUCUAAUGCAUGCAAAUUGCUGAAUGUGAUGGCUGGAACUCUGUACUGAAAUGGAAGUGCUGUCUGAGCAAUAAACAUCAGUUUUCUUGAGUUGGUGUAUUGGUCUGAAGCAGAAGCACUGUUUUAGCCCCUUGGCUUCCAUGUAGCCUAACUGGAUGAGAAUAUUUUUGUGUUUCCCGGAGCUUCUCCUGCCGUUCAAUUCUGGGCUUGAACUAGAUAAUCAGACAACAAAGAAAAACUGGGUGCUCUAAAGUACUUGUAUGAUGGCGCCAAGGCUCACAUGAGGGGUACAAUAAGUUCCAAGCCACUGGCGAUGCAAAAGUAGUUUAGAUUUGAUUACCUACAGAAUUAUUGAAGCAUCAGAAUUGAGACUCUUCAUGUAAAUGCCUGCACUGCACUUGGAGA